CCAUAUGGAAUACAAUUCUAAUCUGACAUACAUGGGGUUGCCAUGAGUUGGAAUCAACUAGAUGGCAACUAGAUGCAGAAACAUAGAAGAGCCAAUGGGUGAGGAUGGCAGGAAAUGGUAAGAGAAGCUGGAAACAAGGGCAGGAGCCUUGGGUGUCAAGUUAAGAUGACUGGAUUUUAUCUUAAGGAUAAGAUAAGGGCAUUAAAAUAUUUUAGGAAGAGAAGUACCAUGAUCGGAUUUCAGUUUUAGAAAGAUAACUCUUAAGGAGUGCCUUGAAAACUUUAAAGAAGGAAAGGGCGAUGAUCAGAUUUUCCAUCUAGAAAGAAUCUCUUGUCCAUAAGGGGUUAAAGGAGGUGUAGUUUUUAUUAGCGGUAUCUAAGGAGGGUAUCACAUGGUGAGGUUUUAAGUAGGAGACUUAGAUGAAGGAGGGUAUCACAUGGUGAGGUUUUAAGUAGGAGACUUAGAUGAGAAUUACUCAUCUAGAAGGAGUUUAAGAAGGUGUAAAAUGAUCAGUAACUGGAGAGUCAGAGGAAACUUGGAGUCAUGAUGAGCGUCAAGGCCUCUAACAUGUCCUCCAUCUGCUUCAUUUGCCACUGCUGCAGCAAGCCCCUGAAACUGAAGCAGUCCAUGGGGACCCUGAUGAGCCUUAGCACCACCCAACAACAGCCAGCUCCACCACUCCCCCUGGCUCUGGGGAAGUCAGGAGGGACCCAGGAGGAAGAUUCUACUUUCAGAAAGGAGACAGAUACUGCAAGUCUGCAGGAUGGUGCCUCUUAUGGACCCCUCGUUGAUGACAGCAUGACGUCCUGGGAGGGUUCCAUGACCAGGGAGAAUUGCAACACCUUCACCCUGCUUGGGAAGAUGUGUUCCAUGAGAACACUCAACAGCAUCCAGGAGACCAUUGUGGACAUAUUUGACAUCCUUUCUGGUGAGAAAGAAGUCGAUCACCCCCUGUGUGAGGAGUGCACUGACAACCUUCUAGAGCAGCUAGAUGUCCAACUCACCAUCACAGAAUAUGAGAGUCAGAUGUACAGACGCUGCUUGGAGACCAGGGAGCUGACAACGUGUGAGAACGAGAUGGAGGCGUUGCAGAUGGAGCUGGAGAGCCUGGAGCUGGAGGAGGCAAGGCUGGCCCAGGAGCUGGAUGAUGUGGAGAAGAACUGGAAACAGGCAGCAGGAGAUCUCGAGGCAGCCCAGGUAGAGGCUGAGAUACUGAAUCAGCAGGAGAAGCAGUCCCAGAGGGACUACAGCGUCUUGAAACAGCAACAACUGGAACUGUUUGACGAGCUAAGGAGCUUGGAGAACCGGCUGCGGUAUGCCCAGAUUCAGCUGGGCUGGCUGACGAAAACCAACGUCUUCCACAUGACAUUUGAUAUCCGGCAUCAUGGCCCCUUGGGCAUCAUCAAUAACUUCAAGUUGGGCUGCCUCUCCACUGUCCCCGUGACCUGGAGUGAGAUCAACGCUGCCUGGGGACAGACAGCUCUGCUUCUACUUGUCCUGUCCAAGAAAAUGGGACUGGACUUUCAGAGGAUCAAUGUGGAGAGGGGCCAGAUGGAAGACCCUGUUGGCAGAGGUGAAUACUAUUCCAUCAGGACCCUCUUGAACACCGAGGAGCAGUGGACAAAGGCGCUCAAAUUUAUGCUUGUAAAUUUGAAGUGGAGUCUCACUUGGGUCUCCAAAAGCUAUGCCUCCAGCGCUACCUGCAUAGUGCUUGCCACUUGA